AUGCGUCUCAUUCUUCUGGCUGCUGCUCUGUUCGGACUCGCUUUGAGUCAUGCACAGCCUCUGCUGCGACUUUUCGGAAAAGACAUCGAGGUUGGACUCGAGCAUCAACGAAGUCCGGAGCAGGCUGUCCCCGACGCCAGAGGUUCACGUGCAGCAGCUUACCAGCAGCUCGUCGAGCAUGUAGUGCGCAAAGAAGGAACAGGUAGCUCUGGUCCUGCAUCGUCACACGUUGACGUUAUCAGAUUCUCGCAUUCUCCUUCCUCACCGUUUCAGCCAGUUUUUCCCGCCUCUGAGGCUCGACGGGUGGCACCUUCUCAGCAUCCUGGCACGCCAGGGUCAGCAAGUUCUACAGUGCUCUUGCCUCAAAUCGACUUGGAUUUUUCCAAUCUGCGAAACAUUCCACACCAUGAAAGCUGGCUCGAGUUGCCGAAAGAGAUGAUACAACUUCAUGUACCGUGGUUCGCCAAUAUCUACAACCGCAUGAUCUCGACCUUGCCAAACUACAAAGAGACGAUAGUUCCCGAGCUCGAGUUUUCAGAGGACGAGAUGGCUCAAUAUCAAGCAAAAGUAGUCUCUUUGUUGGUGCAGGGUAAUACCUACAAGCUGCCAAUCCCCACUGAAUGGUUACACGAAGCUGGCAUUUAUGCACCGGCCGAGGUGCUUGGCAGAUACCAUACCAAGUUUACAUUCAGGGAACGGACGGUGUAUGACUUUGUUUCUUUCUGGAGCACCGCCGAUGCCGGUUCAAAGCUCGCCCUACUUGGCGUUUUCCAGAUGUCCAGGACGACCUGGGAGACACUCAAGAUGCACUAUCCAGGUGCACAGAGGAUUGACGUUUACUACAGUACCUAA